AUGAUGUCAACUCAGCAAAAUCAAAGGAAAAUGGGUGUUUGUCGUCGACCUCUUUAUUUUGUGGUUUAAAAAACGUAAUUUUAAUGUAAAUAGUGUAUUUUCAGCGUAUAGAAAUAUUAAAAAUCUGUGCUUUGUUAUUCCGAGUAUGUUAUGCCGUAAAACAUAAAACUGAUAGGUUGUGAUGAAGUGAAGAAAAUUGAAUGUUGAUCUGGAGAAAAAAUACAGUGCUACUCUGAAAACAGAAAGAGAAAUCAAAUGCUAUCAGGAUGUAUUUUUCGAUUGGAUGGCCACGAGUGAUUAAUUGCUCGUACAAAAACAUACGCAAAAUAUCAUGCGAUCGGGUUAAAAUCCUUUUUACGAUUCUCACCGACGACACUUUGGCGAUUUGGUACACGAAGCCCUGUGUUCCAAUUGCGGCGAAGGUUCGUGAUCCCAAGUGUUUGGAAAAGCAUGGCCACAAUACAGCGGUGGAGUGGAAACCGGACUCCAGUAUGCUACUGGUGGUCACAACGACUGGAACCUUAUUUAUGUACACUUUAAUAGUGAGCGAUGCGCCAAAGGGAGUUUAUAAUCAAAACGAUUCGCCCUAUUCCAACCUUCGAAGAGACAGUGCCGAGCUGUUUCUAAAAGAAACGAUUCCUUCCUUGAGGCUUUCUUUGACUCAUCAGUUGUCGCUGUACGUUCCCAUCUCGUGCAUUUCUUGCAUCAACGUUUCGCAGAUAAUGGUUGCAACCAAAAACGGUCGCGUGAUUCGCCUGAAUUGGAACGGCAUAGAAGAGCGUGAUUAUGCUCUUGAUUUGAAACGAAUUCCAUUCAGCAUUAAUCAGCAAGUGAGCUACGCGGUCCCAAUACUGGAGAACAACACCUACAUUGAGUCUAUUGACUAUUCUCCUCUAUUGUGUGGGUUUGCCAUUACCUUGAACGAUGGACGAGCUGCAUUUUUAACUGCUGGAAAUACAAAAUUUGAUCCAAACCAAGUGCAAGGUAUUUGGUGCCAAAAUGUGGAUGAUGCAACUUGUGCCGUAAUCAAUCAUAAGUACAGGCUGAUUGCAUUCGGACGCCGCAACUCACAAGCCAACAUGUACGUAAUUGACGACCUAACGGGUGGACUUGAGUUGUCGCAUCGGUUGGUUUUAAGCGCGAAGGAUUUUCCCGGAUCACCCGGCCACGUAAGCGAACUCAAAUGGACUCCCGACGGAUGUGCUAUAAUGAUGGCCUGGAGUAAUGGCGGAAUAUCCUUGUGGAGCACCUUUGGGUCCUUGUUGAUGUGCUCGCUCGGUUGGGACUAUGGAUUACAUGUGGAUUUAUCGAAGAAUAAUCCCUUCAAUAUUAUUAGCAUGGACUGGUCUACUGAAGGUUAUCAACUGUUCAUGGUGCGUCAAUUAAAUGAACUUAUUCCAUCCGAAUUAGAAAAGUCUGCUUCGUCCACAUCACUGGUAUCGACGAGUCCGAACACUUCCGCCGGUAGCAGCAAAGAAAUCAGUGAAUCUGUUCACAAACCCACGUUGAAGCGAUCUAAUAGCUCUGGUACUAGGACAAUGCUCAUUCAGUUAGACUUUGUAAAAAGUAUCCUAACGAUUAAUCCUUGCAUGAGUUACAAUUCGUAUUUACUUUUGCAAGGAGACGAUAAGUUGUACAUAAAUCAUGGGGACGUUUUGCAGAAUAUCUACCAUAAUACGAAUGCAUAUUGCAAUGAUAGCAAUGGAAAAGCUUAUUCUAACAAUUUACCUUAUACUGGGUUGUCAAAAGAAGAUUUAGAUUAUAUGAGAAAUGUAGAUGGUACAGAUGUGGAAAAGUACGUGCAAGUCAAUAGUAUAUUGUCGGAAAGCAAACACUGGGUAGUACUAAAUCUUCCAACGGCAUAUACGGCGUCCAACUGGCCAGUUAGAUAUAGCGCAAUUGAUUUCCUUGGAACUAGUGUAGCAGUGGCCGGCCGAACUGGUGUGGCAUUGUAUUCCUUCAGCACUCGCAAGUGGAAAUUGUUUGGGAACGAAACUCAAGAGAAAGACUUCGUCGUUACCGGUGGACUUUUGUGGUGGAAUGAGUUUGUCAUAAUGGGAUGUUACUCGCUAAUCGGGCUUCACGAUGAACUUCGCAUCUACUCAAAGGAGAACAAAUUGGACAACAGAUUUGCCAGCAUAACGAAAAUGAAUGCUCCAGUCAUGUUGAUCAACUUAUUCAAAGAUCAAUUGAUCGUAUUUACUGCUGACGGGCAUGUCACAGUUUUCUCUUUGCUGGAAGAUGACCGACAUCAAGUGGAGCUGGAAAAGAUGCACAUUUACGACAUCAAGAAUGUGUGCAUUCAUCCUGCGUGUGUAAUUUCGGUUUUAAUGACAAACCUGAGGAACGAAGCCGGAGUGAAAAGCAGCUAUGACAACAGCCUAUCGGAAACUCUUAUCUUGAAUGUUUCCGGUCGCGUGCUGAUGGUACAAACGGAUUACAUAGGAAACGCCACGUCGCAGUUAGCAUCCACCUGCUUGGCUUCAUCGGUGGAAUGCAUUUGGGUGUCCGACUCGAACAAAACUCAUAUAAAAGAAUCUCUUUGGCUGUACUGUGGUGGCCACGGAAUGCGCGUCUGGUUGCCAGUGUUUCCGAGAAAUGGAGAGACCGGAAGCCGAAGUCAUAGACAUACUUUUAUGAGCAAACGGAUAAUGCUUUCGUUCACUCUGAAGAUCUAUCCACUAGUGAUUCUGUUUGAAGAUGCUAUGAUUCUGGGAGCAGAAAAUGAUACCGUACUGUACACCAGCGAUCCUUCUCUGUAUUUCUCGUUACCGUAUUGUGCUUUGAAGAGAACCAGCCAAGUGUAUUUACACCAAAUACUUCGUCAGCUGAUUCGUCGAAAUCUUGGCUAUAACGCAUGGGAAAUUGCUCGAUGUUGUACAAAUCUACCUUACUUUCCUCACUCUUUGGAGCUGCUGUUGCAUGAAGUACUUGAAGAGGAAGCCACUAGUAAAGAUCCCAUUCCGGAUGCUCUUUUGCCGAGUGUAUUAGAGUUCAUUCAAGAAUUUCCGGUCUAUCUGGAGACGGUAGUUCAAUGCGCUAGAAAAACUGAAAUUGCUCUAUGGCCAUAUUUAUUCUCGAGUGCAGGCAAGCCGAAAGAACUAUUCCAACAAUGCAUGGCCGCAAAACAGCUCCAAACUGCUGCGAGUUAUUUGAUAAUAUUGCAAAACUUGGAGCCAUCAGCGGUAAGCAGACAAUAUGCAACAUUGCUACUUGAUACGGCUUUGGAACAAAGGAACUGGUCGCUGGCGAGAGAUUUGGUGCGUUUUCUCCGCGCGAUCGAUCCCAAUGAUGUGGAGUCACCCCGCUCUUCAUACGUGUUUGGAAAUAAAUUUGGCAUGAAUGCAACUGGGCCGUCUGUGUCGCCAAAUGCCGAAGAUCUGAGUCUCAUAUUGGGAAGCAGUAUGACGAGGGGUAGAAGUUUUUCCACAACAGCGAAUCCCAAAUCGAAUGAAACAUUCAACAAUGCAACCAUUAUCAAUAAGGACAAAAAUAUUAUUUUCAACAAUUCAAAUAGUAACAACAAUGUAGAUACCACCGUAGUACAAAAAAGAAAGAAAAGUGUGCCAAAUACUCCUAAGGAAAGGGAUUCAUCAAGUGCGGAGGAUUUUUUCAUCGAUGUAAUUCUGCAGCGGCAUGCAAGACGGUUUUUGCAACUAAAGAAACUGGAAGACUUGGGUCGCAUGAGUGCCACAUUGGAUUUCCACCUAGUUGGAUAUCUAUCGCGGGAAAAAGACCGUGCAGCAAGAAUCGAAGACUUUGUGACAGCACUGAAAACCUUGCAUGACGAACUAGACUGGCCGAAACCUUGUCUAGAUCUUAGCUUGAUCCAGAAUGGUCCAAGUCUUCACCAACCAGAGUCUCCGGCAUCGAAUGUGUCCAAUAAAUCUGCCUUUGAUAUUGCCCAACGAACGGAAGAUUCUGGAUACAAUAGUUUGUCCAUCAACAGACUGACAGAUGGAGGAAUGAAUGAUAGAGGAGAUGACUCAAAAACCUUAAUCGAUCCAUUGAUAGCAAUGACGAUUGCAAAACUAGAAGGUAGCAAUGAUGGAAAGGAGCUUUCUUUCAUCGACACUAAAGAAGCCAACUUAUCGCCAAUGAACGACAAUGUCAGCGUACGAUCAGAUCAUGUCGUGGCAAAUUGGUCAGAUGAUGGCUGUAAUUCCCUAAAUCUAGAAAUCGAAGAUAGCUUCAACAGAGCGAUGGAGAACAUAUCUAAGAACAAUGGCAACUCCAAGAGAGAACAACAUAAGUUGGAGAUCAAAAUGCGAUAUUUGUUACAGAUCUUUACGGAAGCCAAUUGUUAUGAGUUUUCAUUGCUGUUGUCGGUCCUCUUAUUAGAUGUUGCAUCGGUUUGUCGCAUAACGAACGCUGCGAUACGAUCAAAAUCUCUUGUGGUUUGUCGCCAAUUAAGAAACGGGCUCAAAGAUAUGACGAGAUGGAGCUUUAAUGAAUGUCUGGGUUAUCGCCCAUUUAUGAUAGCGUUGCAACCUCAACUGGCUGUGCUGGACAAAUUUGUGAUUCAACAAGAAGCAAUUCCUUCACUUACUGCUACAACCAAUACUAGUGUGCAAUAUAAGCUCCCGUUAGGAGCGAUCCCAUCGGACUUGGGUGUCAUUCCAGAAACUGGGACAGGAUCGGUGCAUUCCGGUAAUACUGAGAAUAAUUCCCGCAGCAGACAUCCGAAUGCUGCAAUGGACAAGGUGGACGGAAGAUCGCGUCAUCUGUUAGACAAGAAAAGCAACAGUGUGCUAGAGAUCAGCUACAAUAAAAGAGAUCGUUUGCCAAGCGUUGGAAGUGGCGAAAAUAAUACUAGUUCGAGUAACUCUAGUGCUAACAUUCCUAGACAUGCUGGGAAUUUCGUUAGAUCAGUUUCUGAUUUGGAGGUGGAAAAUAUUCGUAAAAUGGCAUCAGGAAAAAGCGGCGACCGUGGUUCUGUAGCAUCGAUGCCAAUUACAGAAGAACCUGAACGAGCUUCCGGCUGUGUACUGAUGUAAUCGAAAAUAAUUCUAUUGAGUUUAGUUGCAAUUGUAUUUAUUAAAAUGUUUUAACCUAAGAGGAUAGCUCACUGUUUACAAUUCCACUCACAACUUGUACUCAUAUUUAACUAGAAUAAUUACACAAAAUCUAUUAAUACACUUA